GCUUGGGUGAAGUCGACCAAUGCCAAGCCAGCCAUUUCUUGGAAGUUUUUGCAGGAGACCACAUGCUCCACAGCGGAGUCCAACUGGAAGGUCUCCAGAGCCGAGCCCUGGACGUGAACUACACCCGGAAGAUGGAUCUGGCAACAGCUUUUGGAUUCAUCCUGGCAGUCAAUUUCGUUCGACACGUCCGACAACAAGGAUGUGCGUGGUUUGCAUUGCCGUGUUCGAGUUGGGUCUUCUUGAGCCAAGGAUCGACGAAGAGGCAUUUCCUGAGACCGCAAGGAUGGAAUUGCUUCAAAUCCACGGCUGAGGGAAACCGUUUGGCCCGCCGACUGGCAUACUUGCUGGAACUCUGCCAUAAGCUGAAGAUCUUCUACAUUAUCGAACAGCCUGAAUCGUCUUUACUGUUUCGAUAUAAGCCAUUCUGGCGCCUGUUGAAGAAGCACGGUGCCCACAGGGUGAAAUGUUCACUUGGAGCUUUCAACGCCCUCACGGUAAAGCCAGUUGUGUUCUGGGGAACGGCCCCAUUUCUGAAGAAGCUGUCCAGGCAGGUGACUUCCAAACAGAGGUCCCAGCUUCGUCGAAUCCGCAGUUUCCUCAAGCUGGAUACUGCACGGGUCUAUCGAAAUGGUGCUGGUGAGACUCGCUGU